AUGCGCCUCGCCCUCACCCUCUCCGCCGCCGCCACCGUCGCCAUCACGACAUCCGUCCCCGCCGUCCUGGCCGGCGGCGGCGGCGGCGACGGCGGCGGCAGUGGCGGCCAUCAUCAUGUCUCCCUCCGCACCCGCGUCGUCCCCAGCGACACCCUCCUCCGCGCCGACGACGUCCUCUCCCUCCCGUACGAGUCCCACCAACCGAGCGCCCCGUUACUCCUUCUGAGACGCACGCCCCUCGUCUCUCAAGAACCGUCAUCAUCAUCAUCAUCAUCAUCAUCAUUAUCCGCCGCCGCCGCUCAAGCAGGCAACAACAACAACACGUCCGGGGGAGUAACAACCAGCGCAGGCGGCGCCGUCACCGCCUUCAACGCCUCCAACUGGGACGCCGUCACCGACGCCGCCUGCAUCGACGCCCUGGCCGUCCUGCCGCGCAGCAGCAACCCCUCGGGCAACUGCCUGUGCUACAACCUCCCCUCGCUCGACACCGCCUCGGGCGUCUUCGAGGCCGACCUGCGCCUCUACCGCAUCUCCACCCCGCGCGACGCCUUCGCCGGCGUCUCCCCCGUCGACAUCUCCGUCGGCGUCGCCUACCGCGGCGCCUCCGUCAGCCCCGUCGCCGCCGACGACCUCAUGGGCCUCGGCGCCGUCGCCAACCGCACCAGGCUCGUCGUCGCGCCCCGUGCUGCUGCUUCUGCUGCUGCCGCUGCCGACGGUGGGCCCAAGCUGCUCCGCAAGUACCUCUUUGUCGGCCAGAUCGACAAGGCGCGCAUGCAGCAGAGCAUGUCCAUGGCCGCCCUCGAAUCCCUCGUCAUCCCCACCUUCACCCUCUCCGCCACCGACCGCUCCGGCACCCCCAUCUCCACAAACGUCUCCCUCAACGAGGCCUCCUUCCUCACCGGCGUCUUCGCCUCGCAGGUCGUCCUCUCCGACUUCUCCGCCGCCCAGGCCGCCGUCGACGCCCGCCUCGCCGCCCUGCGCAACGGCACCGCCGCCUUCGUCCUCCCCGGCACCCAGCUCAUGGUCUUCCCCAUCGGCCUCGUCAUCACCGCCGUCUGGCUCCUCCUCGGCGUCUCCGCCUACGCCGUCGGCACCUGGCAGCGCGUCAACUACGCAGAGACGUACAGGAGGAGGGUGCGCGUCAGCGGCAAGCCCGUGGCGGCGACGUUUUAA